UCUCUCUCUCUCUCUCUCUCUCUCUCUCUCUCUCUCUCUCUCGAUUUCUGGAGAUGAGUGCGUUUGAGAAACCUGCUUUGUUUUCGUUUGAGAUCUUGAGAUUUUUGCUUUGAUUUCUGCUUCAUGUGUUUUAGUUUUAAUAAUUUUUAGUCACUACUAUUUCUAAACCCUAGAAUCUGUUUCAGUUGAUUUUUUGAAACCCUAGAAUAUGGUACUUCCGAACGGACCAGUGUAGGCGGGUCCAGAUCUAGAACACUUGUAUACUUUGUUCUAACACCAGUAUCUAGUAAUCAAAACAAAAUAUGCUCGAAGCAAGAGGGAUUUUGGAAAAAUUCAUAUUGAUUUCCUCAAAGUCUCUGGUCGUGUCGCAAAAGGAAACAAGAUAUUUUAAUGGGUUUGAUUCCUUGGCUCCUAAUUAUGAGCAGUCAAAAUUUGUGCAAACAAGAUCAUGACAAAGUAUAAAAAAAGGGGGGGUUCACGGGUUCUAAUAUUUUUUUCUGCUUUGAUAUUUUGUUAGUAGAUGGAUAUCACUGGAAAUGAGUUGGAUUAUACUUCGGAGGAGACCGAGGUGUUCACCAUAGUGACGCAUUUGAUCAGGCAGAAAAAAGUGGUGUGUGGUUUGGCUAUAAUUGUGGUCCAAGUUGCUCUUGAGAGAUAUUACUCUCGACAUGAAUCUAGGUUUAUGGAACCGAACCCAUUCCAAGAACAAAUAGAUAACAUCAAUCGGUUAGUGCGUCGUAGCGACGUAACUUGUUUGGAGCAACUUCGGAUGGAUAGGAAUUGCUUUAUGCGUCUGUGUAACCUAAUUGAAACAGUUGGAGGGUUGUCCCAUUCAAGGUCAGUUUGUUUGGAGGAGAAAGUUGCGAUGUUUUUGUACACCAUAGCGCACUACCAUAAGAAUAGAGUUGUUAAGCACCACUUCUUCCGGUCAGGUCAAACUGUUAGUAGGCAUUUCAAUGAUGUUCUUCAGGCUGUCAUACGCCUGCAAGGUCAACUACUCGUCAAGCCUGAGCCUAUAACUCAAGCAUGCACAGAUGAUAGGUGGAAAAUUUUUCAGAAUUGUUUGGGGGCACUAGAUGGCACAUACAUUGAUGUUCGAGUUAGUCCAUCUGUCAGACCAAGGUAUAGGAAUCGAAAAGGAGAGUUGGCUAUAAAUGUGUUGGGUGUUUGUAACACAGAUAUGAACAUAAUCUAUGUCUUAUCUGGUUGGGAAGGAUCAGCAGCAGACUCUAGAAUCUUGCGCGAUGCUAUUACUAGGACUAAUGGGCUAAAAAUUCCCACUGGUUCGUAUUACCUUGUUGACGCCGGCUACACAAAUGCAGAAGGAUUCUUAGCUCCAUACAGAGGAAAGCGUUACCAUUUGAAAGAAUGGGAUGGUCCAGCUCCUCAGGACCAUGAGGAGUACUUUAAUAUGAAGCAUGCCCAAGCCCGUAACGUCAUUGAGAGGACUUUUGGUUUGUUAAAAAUUUGAUGGGCUAUUCUUAGGAGUUACUCAUUCUUCCCCAUUAGAACGCAGUCUCGUAUUGUUACGGCAUGUUGUCUAGUCCAUAAUCACAUUAGAAAAGAGAUGAGUGUUGACCCACAUGAACAUGAACUUGAUAAUCUCGAAGAGGAAGAUAAUGAUGAUGACUACAUUGAUACAGUCGAGACAUCAGGUCAAUGGACUGAUUGGAGGGAUGCCUUUGCACAACAUAUUUAUCAAGAGUGGCAAGCACGAAGGGGCCAUGGUGGAAAUUAGAGUGCCCUUGUUAUUUGUAACAUCAUGUCAUUAAUCAUGUAUUUGUUUGUAAGACUUUAUCGGUGGCUUUGAUCACAUACUAUUUGUACGACUUUAU